AUGUCCGGUCGGAGGCUUGGCGGAGGGAGGAUACUUGGUAGCGGAAAGGGUUUGGCUCCUCCAGCGCCUCCAGCCAUCCAAAGGGAGAGAGCUGCUAGCCCCUCUGCUCCGUCUGACAGCACAUUGUCCAUCGGCUCUCCAGCUACAUCCAUCUCUCCCAGCACCCCUAGCCCCUUAGCUAGUUUUGCGCAGGAUCUGACCUCCAAUGUUAGUCUAGGAGGGCCGAGUACUGGUGGUCAGCCAGGCUCCAAGCUUGUAUGCCCCAUAUGUGAGGAAGAGAUGUUGACGCUGUUGCAAUUAAAUCGUCAUAUCGAUGAUGCCCAUCAGGAGCUACCUGAAUUCGAACAGGAUGAAGUCAAAUCUUGGAUAGACAAGCAAGUCCUGAAGGCUAAGAAAUUUCAACCUCUCUCCCUUAUCAACCAGAAGCUUCGUGGCCUCGAAGUCUUCGAGUCUAACGAAUCACCCCCACUCCCCGUCCCCGUCACCAGUAGGGCAAACAGGGUCCCCGUUCCCGAUUCGCCGCUAGACCCCGACGAUAUAAUCACCAAAACACAUUGGCAGCGACAGGGUCCAAGUGAUCUAUGCACCGACCCAGCUUGCGGGAAGAGACUAGGUGCUGUCAAUGGCAAUAUAAACUGUAGACAAUGUGGGAGACUAUUCUGUGAGGAGCAUACGAUGUACCAGAUGAAAUUGUCAAGGUCGGCCUCGCACGAACCUAUAAGGGGUUACUGGUAUCGCGUGUGUGAAACGUGCUACAAGUCGAGGGAAGGAUAUAACGACCACAAUGGGCUGAUAAGAGACCACAUACAAGAAUUUUCAGCGAUACGCAGGAAGAAAGUCGAUAGGCAAACCCUAGAGAUAUCGCGAUUGGAAAAGAGGCUUACCAAGCUGACUCAAUUGCUCGCUCACUUACCUGAAGAGGCGGGGGUGACCGGUGGUGCGGGCCUGCUAUCUCCCCUAGCCGCGCAGAGGAAUCAGCGGAAGGCGAUUGAACAAUCGGUUGUGACAUGGGAGGAUGACGGGAAGGUUCCGAAAUGUCGGUUCUGCCAGCAGGAAUUCUCGUGGACAUUCAGAAGGCAUCAUUGUCGAAUAUGUGGGCGGAUAGUAUGCGCAGACCCCCAGACCAAUUGUUCGUCCGAAGUAGGCCUGAGCGUCACAAACCCGUCUGUUGCCGUAUCAGAAAAAUCGGGAGGGGAAAAUUCUAUAGGUAUUGAUAUCCGCAUGUGUCGUGAUUGUAAGUCUACCAUAUUCUCAAAGCGAGACUUUAUGGAAUCUAUUAUACACAAACCGCCUGACCAACGGGCAUACGAGACGCUGAAGCAAUUCGAACGGGGAAUCCAGCUCAUAAUGCCUACUUUCCAGAAAGCUCUACUACCACUACAGAAUGAGAGUAACACACCAAGCCAUGCGCAGAUCCAAGAGGCGUCAAAACUCAGGAAGCGGCUUACCGACAGCUUUACUAAAUACGACGUGGCAGCGCGACGGAUCCGUGAUAUGAAAACGGACAGCCCAGCACAACGGCAACUGCAGAAGGCCAUUCACCAAGCAGCCUCCGCGUUCUUGCAUAUGCAUAUGCUACCGCUUAAGAAUCUUCCGCGGAUGCUGAAACACAGCAGCUCCAGCUCUAGUUCCGCUAAGAGCCGCCUGCUAGCUAAUGGCUACGUAGCGAGCCCGCUACGGAAUGGCAGUGACAUGCUCGAGACGGCUAGCCAGACAAGCGAAGCUAGUACGGGAGUGUCUGCGUUGGAAACGGAAGAGAAAGAGCUGCGCGAGCGGUUGAUCGUCUUAGAAGAGCAGAAAUACAUGGUGCAAGCCAUGAUUAGCGGGGCGCACGGCGCGAGGCGGUUCGAGGAGGUUAGCGCACUAACGCGGAACGUUGAGGAGCUAGAGACAGAAAUCAAAAGCUUGAAAGGCAAGGUUACAGCUGUCGAGGAGAGGUGGCAGGGCCUCUACGCGAAUGGCGGGCCCGGUUUAAUCUUGUGA